AUGACGGAGGAUAUCCUCACAUUUCUUGCAGCAGGAACCCACUUAGGUGGCCCUAACCUUGACUUCCAAAUGGAACAGUGUAUCUACAAACGCAAAAGUGAUGGUAUCUACAUCAUAAAUCUGAAGAGAACCUGGGAGAAGCUUCUGCUGGCAGCUUGGGUCAUUAUUGCCCUUGUAAACCCAGCUGAUGUCAGUGUCAUAUCAUCCAGGAAUACUGGCCAGCAAACUGAGCUAAAGUUUGCAGCUGUUACUGGAGCCACUCCUAUUGGGGGCCUCUUCACUCCUGGAAACUUCAUGAACCAGAUCCAAGCAGCCUUCUGGGAGCCCAGACUUCGGGUGGUUGCUGAUCCCAGGGCUGACCACCAGCCUCUUACAGAGGCUUCUUAUGUUAACCUGCUUACCAUUUUUCUGUGUAACACAGACUCUCCUCUGCGCUAUGCGGACGUCGCAAUCCCUUGCAAUAACAAGGGAGCUCACUCAGUGGGUCUGAGGUGGUGGAUGCUGGCCAGGGAAGUUCUGUGCCUGCGUGAUACUAUUUCCCAUGAACAUCCACGGGAGGUUGUGCCUGUUCUCUACUUCUACAGAGAUCCUGAGGAGAUUGAAAAGGAAGAGCAGGCUGCUGCUUAAAAGGCUGUGACCA